AUGGGUGUACACGUGCUGCCGACAUCUUCAUACUUCGUCUCGCUGUUCGUCGGAAACGUGACAUGGAUUUUAGGACUACUUUUGUGCGCCGGAUUUUUUGUUCCGAUCGUUCAGUGGUUCCGAGUGUGGAAGGCUCUGAGGCCCCUACCGGGGCCGUGGGACGCCGUGCCCUUUUGGUUUAUCUUGGGCUGCUUCAAGUCUGUCAUACAAGAGAAAAAAGCCAACAAGCACGCCACAGCAUGGAUAUUCAGCAAAAUUUGCUCCAUGUGCCAGCAGUACACGGGUAGACUCUUCAAGGUAUACGUUGGCAUGACUCCCAUCGUCGUUCUACAAACCCCUGAUGCAGUAGAGGCCCUACUGACAAGCAGCGUCAACCACAAAAAGCCGUUCCUGUAUGAUUUCAUCACGCCAUGGUUGGGACCACUCAACAUUCUGGUGGCUACCGGCGAGGCGUGGCGUUUCAAGAGGAAGCUGAUGACACCAGCGUUUCACUUUCGGGUCCUGGACAACUACAUGCGCAUUUUCAACCAGAACGGCGAUUUGCUGGUGAAGCACUUGUGCUCGGUCGUCGACAACGCGCCCGACGAACCCAUACGUCUCUUCAAGAGUACGCAGAGAUGCGCCAUGGACAUCAUUGGAGAAGUUACGAUGGGGGCCAAGCUGCAGCUGCAAGAGGAAAAGAAUCUUUACUUCAUGAGAGCUUUUAACCGAGUGAUGUUUCUACUUUCUGUGAGGGCUUUCAGACCAUGGCUCUGGAUCCAAACAAUCUACGACAAUACACGCGAGGGAAAAGUAUUUAGGGCUGACCUUCAGAAAAUGAUGACAUUCACUUACUCCGUUAUGCGGAAGCGAAAAGACAAACUACAAUGUACCGAUACCCUCCCGAUAUCUGACACCGAGAACGACGAAUUGGUAUCUGGAGGAGAGACGACAUUGAUGAACAUUCUCUUGAGAAAACAUAUCCAGGACAGCAGCUACACGUUGGGUGACGUCCGGAACGACAUUGACACCAUCAUAGCCGCAGGCAACGACACAACCACGACAUGCAUGUGUUGGACACUGCACUACCUCGGACUUUACCCCGAGGUCCAGGCAAAAGUGCACGAGGAACUGGAUGAAAUAUUUGGAAACGAUACGGACGGCGAAAUCACAGCGACCCAAAUCCGACAGAUGAAGUAUUUAGAGUGCUGUCUAAAGGAGGCCCUUCGGUUAUAUCCGUCAUUUCCCGUAAUUGGACGAGUACUUGACGAAGAACUGACAAUGGAGGGCCACGUUAUACCAAAGGGUGUGACGUGCUUUAUAAGCAUUUAUAGCCUUCAUAGAAACCCGAAGUAUUUCAAAGAUCCCGAGGAAUUCAUCCCUGAAAGGUUUCUCUCGGAGGAGAUAAAGACACGGCACCCGUUCAGCUACAUUCCCUUUUCUGGCGGCUCCAAGAACUGCAUUGGCCAGAAAUUUGCCAUGUUGGAGAUGAAGCUGCUGAUGGCGAAGGUCCUUCGCAAGUGCAAAAUGGUGUCUUCGGAACCACUGGAUCAACUCGAUGUAGCGUACGAAGUUAUUGUGAAGGAUAAAGGAGGUAACAAAGUAUGGGUACAAAGGCGAACACGGAGGAACUCAGGCCAACAAUGA